AUGAGGUGGAUGAGGCAGCUGGUUCGAGGCACACUGCUGUUUAUUCCGCCAUACAUGGCUUUCAAUGAUAUAUUCUUUUCUAUCAGAACUGUGGAUGGUGUAUCCAUGCAGCCAACCCUAAACCCUGAGGGAAAGAAUACAGAUUUUGUUUUGUUGGAUAGAUGGGCUGCUGCUAACUUUCAGUUUGAAAGGGGAGAUGUUGUUUCACUCAUCUCCCCAAAAGAUCCCUCACAGUGGCUGAUUAAGCGGGUCAUUGCUCUGGAGGGUGAUCAAGUCAAAAGUGAUAGUUGUUUUGAGGAGGAUGUCAACGUUCCCCGCGGCCACUGCUGGGUGGAAGGAGACAAUCGUGAAUGUAGCUUGGACAGUAACAACUUUGGUCCGGUAUCCUAUGGUUUGAUUACAGCCAAAGCUUCAUACAUUCUCUGGCCCCCUUCUCGAUGGGGUAAACUGGAUAAAUUGGCCAUAGCUCAGGGCAGGGUGACAACGAGAGAGAAUGUGGAUAGGGGCAAAGUGUUUUUUGGAUGGGACAGUUAA